AAGUUAUCUUAAGUUCUUAACAAAUAAAAGCCCAAAUAUUUAUAAUUUUAUACCUGAUUCCUGAACCUCAGAACCUGAUACGGUGGGGUGAGGUGAGCAGUUGAGACUUGAGAGAGGCGGAGAGCAGAGAAUCAGAGAGAGGCUGAGGCGGUUCAGCUGGAGACUGGAGACUAGAGAGAGGCGGAGAGCAGAGACUAGAGAGAAAGGAUGUGCCAGAUUAUUUUUGUAAUUCAUUUGAAACUAAAUCCUCUACUACCCGGUUGGUUCUUUUCUAAAAUUUUGGGACUUGGGGGCCUUAGGCAAUUGCCUAACUCGCCUAAGGGAAGGGCCGGCCCUGCUUGAAGCAAUCCAAGUCUGAGAAGAAACAGUAUGACCAGUGCCACCACAGACACAGACGGGCGAGUGAAGAUGGGGGAAGAAGAAAAGAAUUCUCUUGAGAUUGAAAUUGAGAAUCGACCCGCUAUCUUCGUCCUUGGAUCCUCCAAUGUUGGCAAACGGACCCUCCUCUCCCGAUUACUCUCUGUGGAUUUUGAAGAAGCUUCUGAUUCAUCGUCUCAACUUUGUUGCCAUGGCUGGACUAUCAACACCAAGUACUACACGGCUGACGUUUCUGUAUGGAUGGCUCAUCUUCAUGAUGCCUUCUCUAUUGGGACAUUGCCAAUGUUUAACCAGUUGGCUGCCUUGGUCAUGGUUUUUGACAUGAAUGAUUUAUCAUCUCUUGUUGCCCUUAAGGAUUGGGUAGCUCGCACUGAUAUUCAAAAUUUUGAAAUAUUAUUAUGCAUUGGCAACAAGGUGGAUCUCCUUCCAGGGCAUCCAGUUCAUGCUGAAUACAGAAGACACCUGCAGAAGCAGCUUGGAGAUUCCUCUGCUGAUCCUUAUGCAGAGUCUACUGAAUAUGGAAUUUCAGAAACUGAAGGAAGUAGUCUAUUGGGUGACGAAGAACCUUCGUGCGAGAUUAGGAGGUCUUGUUUGGAAUGGUGCACUCAACAUAACAUUGAAUUUAUUGAAGCUUGUGCUUCCAAUGCUGAUUUUGACAAGUGUUUAUCAGUUGAUGGUGAUUCACAAGGAGUUGAACGCCUCUAUGGUGCUCUUUCUGCUCAUAUGUGGCCUGGAAUGAUUCUAAAAUCUGGCAAUAAGAUAACUGAACCAUCAUUACCUGAAAAAGAAGAGUUAUCUUCAGGAGAAUCUGAUUUUGAAUUUGAGUAUGAAAUCCUCUCUGCUGGCUCAGCUGAACCAUGGGAUGACACAGAUAAAGGAUGGGUUUCUGCAAAUGCUGUUACCCCAUCCUCAGAGAUGGCAGGGUUUGUUGCUCAAAAUAGCUCUGUCGUUGAACGUGCUCAAGAGAGUGGAACCAGAUCUGAUGAAGAAAAGCCUUCAACUUCAACGGCGUCAUUGCAGGAUGAGAAUGACCAGGGUGUGAUACCAAAUGCAUCUGAGCAAGCCAUAGAGGUGGAUGAGAGUGCACCUUUUGAAUUAGAGGAUUUGGAACGGUUGAUGUCCGAGAUAGGGAAUGUGCGUGAAAGCUUGAGAUUGAUGCCUGAUUUUCAGAGGAGGGAAAUGGCAGCAAAGCUAGCCAUGAAAAUGGCUGCUAUGUUUGGGGGUGAAAGUGAUAAUGAUGAGGAAAUUUGAUCAGGGAAUGGGCUUACAAUGCUUUGGACUUCAUUGAAUUUUGUUCUUAGUGUCAUUCAUGAUCUUAUGUUGGGAGGGCAUGAGCUGUCUGUUUAUGUACAAAGCAUCUCCUGUGUUGCUAUUCUGCUCUCUGAUUCUCUUGUCACUGCACAACAUGGUUAGUCAUGGAUUAAUAUGCCCGUGAUGUGCUCAAAGAGUUAAAGCCCAGAUUCUCCAAAACAUUGAUACAAAUAUAAAUCCUUGUAGAGGUUGCGUGAUAAUAGUUAAAUGCUUUCAUAUGUAGAUUGACAUUGAUAAGAAAAAUUAGCCAAAUUUUGCUUGUCUUUAAA